UUGACGUCAGCGCAGUAAACGGUGGAGAUCUCCGGUGCGCGGAGGCAGCGGUGCCCACAAGGCGCAGCGUCCGUCCACCGCGCAACGCAGGCGGCUGCGGCGGCACCACCACAGGAGCACCACCAGCACCACCAGAAGCAACAACAACACUCUCAGCUCAGACUUUAUAUCCACAAGGAAGGAAUACAUCCACAGACACACAUCAUCCUCCCCGGGUUGUUUUCGCCAUGUCCUCCGCUGUCACGGAGACGGAGGAGUCUGCGCGCAGCUCGCCGCUGACGCCGCUGAAGCUGGUCGGGCUGGUGUGCGUCUUCCUGGCGCUCUGUCUGGACGUGGGAGCCGUGAUGAGCCCGGCGUGGGUGACCGCCGACGACCAGUACCACCUGUCCCUGUGGGAGUCCUGCUGGAAGCCAGCGAGCACAGAGAAGUGGGACUGCAGCAGCACGCUGGGUUCAGACUGGCAGGUUGCUACGCUGGCCCUGUUGCUAGGGGGCGGCGCCCUGGUGCUGAUGUCAUUCCUGGUCGCUCUGGUCGCCGUGUGCAUCGGCACGAGACGGCGGUUCUACGCGCCCGUCGCCUUCAUGCUCUUCGCCGCAGUUGUCCUCCAGGCCUGCAGCUUGGUCCUCUACCCCAUCAAGUUCAUCGAGAGCAUCAACCUGAGGAUCUACCACGAGUUCAACUGGGGGUACGGCCUGGCAUGGGGGGGAACCAUCUUCUCCUUCGGCGGGGGAAUCCUCUACUGCCUCAACCCCAAGAACUACGAGGAGUAUUACUAGCUCCCAUUCGAACCCAGAACCCUACACGCUUGGGGAGGUAUUCACGGGGCGAGCAGGUUUUUUUUUUUUCCUUUAAUGGCUUCCCAAGAACUGUAAGGAAUACUAUAUUUGAGUCAAUAACUGUAUCGCCAAAAGCUUCCCCGCCCUGGGGGAAUUGCCGGCGGUCGCUGUGGGAUUUCUUUUCUUGCAUCAGUCCACAGAAGUGUGAGCGCUGAGGCUGCGUAUUUGAACUUACAGCCCUAACGUCACCAAGUCCUGGGGAGGGGCCGGGGGGGUGGGAAGGAAGUUUAUUCCUAAGACUUGUGACACACCUUGGAGAACCCUGAAGUAACAAAGCAUGGCGGUUUAUGGUGACGAUCCCACCUCCGUUCCCUGUGAAAUAAACCCAACUUAUUGACUCUGUUACUGAGGAAACAGGAUGUCAGACUGGGAGGCUUCUACCGCACGUUUAUGCACGCAUGCACAUCCAAAGGCACGUGUAUCUUCACCUGUCAACAUCAAAACCCUCGGGCUGGGCUUCAGAAAUCUACCCCCCCACCCACACCCCUCCAGACUCCUGCUCCAUCAGUGCAUCAAUAUCAGUGCUUAGUUAGGAGUUGUGGCAUUUUGUGUUUUCCGAGUCCUCUGGAGCUGUUAAACUUUCACAAGGACGUGGAAGAGGAUCAGACGUUCCGGUUCCGCUUCAUAACUUUUCAUAAGACGGAUAGAUUCCUCAUGGGGAGGGAUGGGGAGGUAAGAGGGGGGUGGUGGAUAAAAUAAAGACACCCGCUCAAUAUUCUGUAAUCGACCCACUUGUCUGUUACCGCGGCAACCCGCCGGGUGUGCACACGCAGCUGUCGUGAUUGAUUAACCACGGUCAGAGGUGUGAGACGGGUCUGCGCUCAGCUGCCUCCGAGGGUCUGCAAAAUUUCGAUUCCCAAUGAGCCAAAGUGUCUCCGCAACCGUGACAUUCGGAGCAUCCUUCCUUCCUCCGGUCCGGCUCCUCUGCGUCAUGUAUUUGUCGACGGGAGUGCCAUCUAUACACACCACAGACAGACACGGCCUCUCACUGGGCAUGUUUACAUGCACAUCAGGAGUUUCAGAAAGUUACGAUCUGCAUUCUGAGUGUAAUAAUGUGAUUAUGCACAGAAACACACACAGAAAAAUAUGGCUUUAUUAGACACCCCUUGGGUCAUGUGUACACCUUUGUCUCAUUUCUUAAAGGUGCACAAGUAGCCAGCUCAGGUGGAGGUGAAAAAAAAAAAAAGUGUGGCCUUUAGUCAAGAUGGUACUGUAGCUGGAGUUUAGGGCGGUAUCCAAAAUCACUCCCUAUUUACUGCAGUUAUGAAGUCAUGGUUCUGACUUCAUUGUUAAAAAUCAUUUAUCGAGCUAACCAAUAAUGCAUUAUAAUGUGUUUCUGGAGUGAUUCAACAUCUGUCAACGUCUGACUCUAUACUAUAUAUAGCAACUACACUUUUCAAUCUGAUUCACCGUGUAGUGUUUUGUGUCAGUUCAGCAGUUUUUUUGACGCUUGCAUUAAACAACCAGCAGAUGGCACUCUUAACCUUUACCCUCCAAAAAUAGCCGACUCACUGUCGGUGACGUCCCAUUCCCUAUUUAUGGAGACCUAAUACUUUAUGAUUGAUAAUGUAGUAAAUGGAGCAUCAAGAUGCAAAACAUGAUCUUUGAUUGAUAUUCAAUUCUUGUCUUUUUAGAAGAAUAUUAGAAGUUUAAAUGAAGAUAUAAUUAUUGUUAUUUUUUAACCCCCAAAACAUGCAGAAGAGGUUUUUUUUUUUGUACUUUUUUUGAAUUUGCAUUACAUGUGUUGGUAAAAGAGAUGCUCAUGUAUUGUCAGACAUCACUUCAUAAUCUAGAAAACCAUUUCUUUCAUGAUAACAGGAUUACUUUCAAGAGCACAAUCAGACGAUCGCCAGACUCCCCGUAUGAGACAUCAAUGCCGUAUUGUGUGCAUGUAAACAUGGCCCCCUGAAGCUGACUAUUUAUAAACCGGAUCAGUCCCGAUGAGUCCAGGCCACGUUUCAUUCACACCAGACUGCUGUCUGCUUGUCUACGGUAAAUGUCAGGGAUCAGCCCUGCAAAACAAGCCUGGCACGCAUCUGUUGGCACGGGAAAAGCAAAAUGUCAAUAUCAGCCAGUGUCAAAUGUCAGUAUUAUUAUAUAUUAUUAUAAUAUGGUUGCUGGGAUUUAUAUAGACACAUAUAGACAAAAAGUAGGAUUGUAUCUUACAUUGAAGCAUUAUAGAAAAGAACAUGUGGUAAUCACUGCUUUUCCAACAGGCUGCUUUGAAUUGAAACAGUAUUUAUUUCAUUCCCACUGUGUCGCCUGCCCUCAGGCUUUGGCUCUAAUCACCAGUUGUUUGGGUGGUAGCCAUGGAUCCAGUGCAAUUUCUGGGUGUAAAUAUGGAUGGAGAGGCAAAUAUUGCAGGUGAUGAAGCAAAUUUUUGUUCAAAAACCUAUUUCUGUUUUCUCUCAGCUGAGGUGUAAAUUCACCUUCCCCUGUGUGCCGAAUUACUUUCCUGACCCUGUGACCUCCAUUCCUUCAUCCUUCAAAAACCCAUUCGGUAAAUUUCAAAAGUGCGCGGAGGAAGUCAAAUGUAAAAUAAGAAUUCUCCAGAUGACAUUUCGGAGCGUCUUCUCUGUGCUUUCCAUUGUCACAUAUUUACCGUGGAGCUGUCAAGCAACCAUCACCCAAAAAUAGGAUCCAGGCUGCCUCCCUCGCCACCUUAACGAAUGUAGAGCUCUGCAGCUGACAGAAGUCCAUUUAUUUUAUAGAAAGUGACACGAUGAUGUUUACCACACACAAAAUCAUUCCCUCUGUUGUUGGUGACUUCUGCCCGUCACUACAACUUCUAAAAUCAGCUCAUUAACGACUGAGAUCUGAUGCGACUGGAAGAAGAUUUCGGUAACACAUUAGAUUACAGCCUGCAAGUUACAGUAUAAUGAUUUAAUAUAUAUAUCGGGUAUUAAUACAAUACUAACUGGGUACCUAUAACACCAUACAUAUGUACAAGAGAACACAAGUGGUUAGGGAAUUAGGGGCUAACAACUUUGUGUUUAAGUGGGACUUAAAUUACAUACUAUACUAUAAAUUACAUUGUAAAUAUUUUUUUUAUUUACUGAGUACCAAUUUAAAGGGACUUUAUGUAAGAAUCAGAAAUUGCUUGUUAACAGUGACACCUGUGGCCGUUAAGUCAACGACAGUCAGGCUACUUACUGAAGAAAUCAAUAUUUUGACAAAAAAAAACGGUUCUCCAGAGUCCGACAUCUGAACUGUACCCAUAGCAAUGGUCUGUUAUACAUAGCAACGGUCUGUUCUAGACUUCCGUAAUAAGUGUAAAGUAACUUAUUGUUAUGUUUACCAGUAAGCUGUUAUAACAUUGCCGUUAAUAAAAAUUCUUAUUUUCUCACUAGUGUAGAAAGACUCACCAAUCGCGAGGUGUAGCCUAAAGCCAAAGCACUGCAGUAUUGUCCACUCAUUCAGGCUCACAGUUUUGGUUAUGUUAGCCCUGUUUAUCGGUGGUGACGCACACUUGACGAGCUUCUUUUAAGUUCCAUGACAUGAGAGCAUCCUUUAUCUCGCCCGUGUGAUCAUCCGAGGAGAAGCUUGUUUGAAGGCAAUUACUCUUCAACUCCCAGUUGUGGAUGUAAUGUACAGUGAUACUCAGGUGUGGCUCACACGUUCUGCUGGACCACAGAUCGGUAGUUGUGGAGAAGUGGGUCACCAUUGUUAGCUGGUUGGCCAACGUUUCUCUCAUUGAAUACAUGUGUAUAACUCCGGUAGAGCUUUCUUUCAGGCAGUUCAUAUUUUGGAUCAAGUGUCUUAAUGAGUCUUUUGAAUCGGGGCUUUUCAACUACACUAACCGGAUGUAGUUGUUUACAGCGACUGUGAUUUCUUUCCAUUUUACACUUUAUUUGUCAUAUGGGAUUGCUUUGGAAAGCAAGGAAGCCAGAGUCAUUUGCCUCUGGGCUGGUUCUGGUCGCUCUGGUCGUGUUCUCGCUACCGUACUCGCUUUGCUUGCUUCAGUUCUUUCGCUUUCUCCGGGCUCCUUCUCUCUUCGCUGCGGCGUUAGUGUGAACACGGGGAAAAAAAGGUGCAGAAAGUGCUACGUGUAUGACUACUUAUUGUUAUUAAAGGGACAGUGUGUAGGGUUUAGUGGCAUCUAGUGGUGUGGUUGCAGAUUGCAACCAACUGAGUGCCCCGAAAGAAAGUGAGUAUUUCGCAAAAUGUCCAACUAUUCUUUUAAUAUGGUAUAAAUGAUUGUUGCUAGGGAACAAAAAAUUACCCCAUAAGACGAGUGGCUACCUACGUACAAAAGUGUAUGUUUUUAAAAUGAUUAACUAACAGUAAUGUAGUUUUGGGAUCCAAUGUGGGAUUUAGCUGACAAAUAAAAGUGAUUUUAGAGAAGAACCUAGACUCUAGGUAACCCCUAAACACACACAUUUCAUUAUAUUCAUAUUGUCAUUGGUACCCUGCAUGUGCAAAAAUAUUUACACUGUAAUUUAUAGGCUGUAAUGUAAAGUGUUGCGAAAGAAUAAACUUGUGGGCAGGAUGUGGUGGAGACUAAAGCCACUUAAUCUCACUUUACAAGCCUUUUCAGGCUGACAUAAACCUCAUGCUGUAAAUUCACAGUGUAUAUUCUAGUAAGUAGUAUUGAACCGAUGGAUGUUAUAUGAAAGUAGGGUCUUCUGACGGGGGAAAAAACCUGAAGUUCAAUGCUUUUAUGUGGAUUCUUUAACCCAUCUUUUUAUUUGGCACUGAGUGAAAACAGAAACAGCGCUCACUGUAACAGCCAUUAUUCCAUUAGUCAUACCAGUUAUGUGGGUCAGCGGGUGCUUUUCAGCAUGUGACCCUGCUCUUCAGUAAUUCAUCAGUUUGAAAGAUGUCACAGCUUCACCGUGUUCAGUGGCGGGGCUCCGGUCAAUCAGUGUUAGCUUUGUUGGGUCACCAGAUUUUCUGCCAGGUCAUGGACGGAGCACUUUGUCACCUGACUCGGUUGUGUAGUGCUACUCCAUGUGGGCAGAGUGAAGUCCUGACACAGUGACAAAGUGCUGUAAGAGAGAUCAUCACCACCAGUAUGAUAUUUGAUAUGGCCGCUACUGUAUUUAAUACUGAAUGAUCACAGCUUAGUGAGGGUGUUUUUGCUACCUAGAAACGUCUCUGUGCUUUGGUGGUCUAGAGGAGCCUUAGGCACUAACACUGUAGCAGACCUGGGUUAAAAUAUACAGGAAUCGUUUCCAAUAUACCAAUAUAAUGUGUGUAGGACGGUGGUCGACGUAAAAAUGCAAAUGGCCCUAUCUAGAGCCAGUGUUUGGUUUGUCAGUUCUGGGCUACUGUAGAAACAUGGCGGCCGUCUCCAUGUGUAGAUAUAAACGGCUCAUUCUAAGGUAACGAAACCGCAAAGAUUCUUAUUUUCAGGUGAUUAUACACCAAAGAAAACAUACUUAUUAUAUUAUAUUUCUGACAAUAGAUCCCCCUAAAUGCUACACACUGUUGCUUUAAUAUGGUAACCGAUGCAUUUUGAGGUGUAAAUGCUGUUUGUAUACCUUUAGUUGCAAUGUCCAUUUUUAUGCUGAUGAUACAACGUUGUAUGCCAUCAGCUGUACCGCAAACUAGGCUUUCCCAGGGUACAGUCUGUUUGCCUAAGGCACUAACACUGUCACAGACCUGGGUUAAAAUACACAGGAAUCAUUUCUAAUAUCCCCAUAUGUGUGUAGGAGGACUACGGUGGCCGACGUGAAAAUGUGAAAACGCGAAUGGCCCUAUCUAGAGCCAGUGUUUGGUUUUUCCAUUCUGGGCUACUGUAGAAACAUGGCGGCCAGCUCUGUAUGUAGAUAUAAACGGCUCAUUCUAAGAUAACGAAAACGCAAAGACACACUGUUGCUUUAAUAUGGUAACCGAUGCAUUUUGAGGCGUAAACGCUGCAUGCGUACCUUUAGUUGCAAUGUUCGUUUUUAUGCUGAUGAUACAAUCUUGUAUUCCAUCAGCUGUACUGCAAACCAGGCUUUCACAGUUUACAGUCUGUUUGCCUUAGGCACUAACACUGCGGUAAAAAUACACUGGAAUCAUUUCUAAUAUCCCCAUUUAUAUAAAUGGAAAGACUCAAUAACAAUUGAAUACUUUCAAAACAUUGUUUUGUGCAGCAUAUUUGUCAGCAGCAACUCUGAAACUGAUAUUUGAUGUACUGAAAAUGCUGUUGACUUACAGUCUGGUAUUAUAGCAGCCUUAUUCUUAAUUUACCUGCCAGAAGCAUAAACACUCCAAAAGGAGAUAAAUCCCCCGACAGAUACAAAGAUGUACAGCUUUAUUUCGCCAGGUACUUUGUGCAGCUGCUGUUAUUAGUACAUCUUUUAUCCGAGAUUCAAAGUGACGAUACAUAAAACAGACAUACCCUAACUUCUCUUCUGCCUUCAGGAACAGACAGACGCCGUUAAAGUCGCUGCGUGUUUUGGUUUCUUAAUUAGGAGCUGGAAUCAAUGUCAGCGUCAGUUGUAAUUACGAGAGUCUAAAUGACAAUGCAAAUGUGUUUGCACCAGUUUCAAAAAUGACCUACAUGCUUUGAUUUUUUAAUGAAGCACUUUAAUGUGGAUCUGGGUAAAUAAGAUUAUUUGUGUUAGGCCCCUCAGUGUAAUUCAUACUAAUACAACUACCCUUUAAUGCGUUAUACCUGUUAUCUGUGGGCCCCAGGGUGUCUGACCCGUGCUGGUUCCUUGUAUGUUUUAGCCCAGCUCUGACUCGUAGUUAUUAGCAUUUGUUUGGUUAUUAAUUUACUGAUGAAAAGUAGAGGCUCGCAAACAGAGACAGCUCUGUUUUAUGCAUCAUCUCCCAGUAGACUGGAGAGAAACACUGUCUAAUGAUGUGCAUAGGGAUUUAGGACAUGUAUAUGAAUGUGUGUGUGGGUGUGUGGGUGUGUGUGUGUGUGUGUGUGUGUGUGUGAAUGACAGAGGAAGAGUGUGUUUGACAGAGAGAGAAUGAGUGUGUGUGCAUGUGUGUUGGCAUGUUUUAGAUGCCAUUGUAGAGAUGUCAGUAAUCAGCAUUUAUCUCUUUGUACGUUGGCACAUUAAAGCACUGAACAGAAU